UGUUUUGUCCAACAAAAUUAGACGCCACUAAUUGAGGUUUUCUAUAAUUCAAUCACCGAAUUUGGAUUGAGAUUGGCGCUUCUAUAACAUGAAAGCACAGAACUAGAAAAGAAAAGAAAAUGAAUACAUAAACAAACACAGUGUAUCAGUAUUCGAAUUCUUUACUAUACACAAAACCAAAACCCUAAACUUGAAUCAAAAAUGGAAGAAGAAGACAACAACAGAAGAAGAAUGAUGGAGAGAGAACGAUACGAACGAUACCAAAUCGAGCAAAUUCUCCAGCUCGAUCUCGAAGAAUUGCAGGUAGAAGAAGUCGACGUUUUCCACGAUUCUUCCGACGAUGACAACAACAACAACAAUCACGCUAAUCCUAUUCCUGGCUAUGGCACCGCAGGCGUCGUCCCGGGUGAAUUCACUUACAAUACUUGUAUAGCAUCCUUACAUACAUAUCUGGGCGAUGUUGAAGACACACACCACAGGUCAACGUUUUUGGAUGGUGGGACUGUAUUGACCCUUCCGAUUUUUUGUCUUCAAGGAGUUGUGCUCUUUCCUGGGGCUACCCUUCCCUUGAGAGUUAUUGAAUCCAAUUUUGUGGCUGCUGUUGAGAAAUCUUUGAGUCGAGUCGAUGUUCCUUACACCAUUGGUGUGAUCCGAGUUUUCAGUGAUACUGCAAAUCGUAGGAUGAAAACUGCAAGCAUUGGGACGACUGCAGAGAUUCGACAAUACGGGCGCCUAGAGGAUGGUUCGUUGAAUGUGGUUACUCGUGGGCAACAACGCUUUCGCUUAAGACGGUGUUGGAUCGAUGUGGAAGGAGUGCCUUAUGGAGAGAUCCAAAUUAUUGAGGAAGACAUACCAUCGCGAACUCCAAGGGAUGCUUUUGGAAAAUUAACACCCCUAAGUAAUCUUCCUUGCAACCGUGCCAGUGUGUUGCCUUCAAAGUAUUCUGUUGAUGGACAGGGUUCCUUAAACGAGGAAAGUGAUACAGAAGAGAGCUUUGAGAAUGAACUUUCAUCUACAGAGAGAAGAAUCCAUCAAUCACUCAUUCGUUCCAGUUUUGAAUAUGAUGAAUCAGCAAGUAGUGGUGAUGAUAAAUUCACAUAUGAGUCAGAUCAGGAAAUUAGAUCCAAUCUAAAUACACCAGACACCUUAACACCAUUGCUACCUGACCAUGAAAAAGAUGCAGAAAAUCUGGAUUCUAGGAUUGGGAGCUGUUCCACUUCUGGAAAACAAUCCUCCAUCAGAGAAGGGCUUAAUUGGUGUUCCAAAAAUAGAGACCUCUACUCCUCACGUAGAACUUCAAGAGCAUUCUUACCUGGUUGGGUAUAUCGUAUGUUUGACUCCUAUUUGCUUGCACAAAAGGCUGCAGAUAUGUGGAAGCAAAUCGUUGGUGCACCAAGCAUGGAUGCUCUUGUUAAGAAGCCUGAUGUUUUAUCAUUUUCUAUUGCCAGUAAAAUACCUGUUUCUGAAUCUACAAGGCAGGAGCUUUUGGAUAUUGAUGGGAUCUCAUAUAGAUUGCGUAGGGAAAUUGAACUACUAGAAAGCAUUGAUCUAAUUCGAUGUAAAAUCUGCCAGAUUAUAAUUGCAAAGCGGAGUGAUAUGCUGGUGAUGUCUAGUGAAGGUCCGGUUGGUGCAUAUGUAAAUGCAACUGGUUAUGUGCAUGAGAUAACGACUUUGUACAAGGCAAAUGGAUUAGCUCUAACUGGGCCAGCACUUACAAAAUACAGUUGGUUUCCGGGGUAUGCGUGGACAAUCGCUAACUGUGCGACAUGUGAAACCCAUAUGGGGUGGCUUUUUACAGCCACAAACAGAAAACUGAAACCUAAGUCAUUUUGGGGUAUACGUAACUGUCAAGUUGCAGAUGAAACACAUUAAAACUUUCAAUAGUGUUGCAGUACUAGUGAAAAUUUGGAAAUUCAUAUUCAUAUUGCAGCAUGAAUAUUGAUGAUACAGGUGUAUGUGUAUUACUUGCCUUUUAUACAGCUGGAAAAAGUAAAAAGUUCCAGACGAAGGCAAAAUCUAAGAUGCUAUUUUUUUAUAACUUUGCAAUUUUAAGUGAAUUGGUUUUAGCAUAUUCAGUCCAUUGAAACCAGCAUAAAAAUGUAAGGACUAGAUUGGGUUUAUCCAUGGUUAUUGGUUGUAAUGGAAAAUGAUUCAAUGGAUUAUUUUGUUACUCCUGA